AUGUUUUGAAAAUUAUACCUGACGGGCGCGUUCUUUCAAGAGGACAGGGCAUGUCCAUGUUAUGACGCAAAGUGACAGGGAUUUGUUAAUAAAAGUGGAAUAUAAUAUGCUAUUGGCAUAGAAAUAUUGUUAAAAUCAAAGGUUUUUUCUUCGAAGAUAUUGGACCGAAAUCCGAAAUCACAAUGUCAAUGGGCGAAGUUCUUCUUGGAAACUCUGGGUUUGACCCCAGAGGAAAUGAUAUGUGGAUGGAUGCAAAUCAGUCUUCGGCAAGAUUGUUUGAGAAGUCUAAAAUCAAAGUCCUUCAAGACGAAAGAGAAGCAGUACAGAAAAAGACGUUUACAAAGUGGGUCAAUUCACACUUGCAGAGACUGAGUACUCACGUCAAUGACUUGUAUCACGAUUUGCAAGAUGGUCGAAAGCUGAUCAUGCUGCUGGAGAUUCUCUCUGGAGAAAAGCUGCCAAAACCCAGCAGAGGCAGGAUGAGGAUUCAUUUCUUGGAAAACUGCAAUCAUGCUUUGAAAUUUCUUAAAAGUCAGAGAGUUCAUUUAGAGAACAUCGGAACACAUGAUAUUGUUGAUGGCAACCCGAAAAUCACGCUUGGUCUCAUCUGGACCAUCAUUCUGCGCUUCCAGAUUCAAGACAUCAUGAUCGAGACUGAGACAUCAGAGAAAAAGUCGGCCAAAGAAGCGCUGUUGUUAUGGUGUCAAUCCAAAACCGUUGGCUACAAAAAUGUUCACAUCACUAACUUCUCAAAAAGUUGGAGCGACGGUCUCGCAUUCGCAGCUCUCCUUCACAAACACAAGCCAGACAAGAUUGACUUCAAUAGCCUUAAGAAAGAGGAACCUAUAAAGAAUCUUAACAUCGCCUUCGAAUGUGCUGAACAAGAGUUCAACAUAGCACCACUUCUUGAUGCUCCAGACGUGAACGUUCAGUAUCCUGAUGAAAAGUCAAUUAUGACGUACGUUGCGUCUUUCUACCAUUGUUUCGCCAAGCUGAAGAAAGUCGAAGUAAGCGGUACGAGGAUCCAAAAGGUUAUCAAGCAAUCAGUUGAGAAUGAGAAACUGAUUCAAGAAUACGAGUUACUGAGCUCCACACUUUUGGUUUGGAUCAAAGAAACAAUCACAUGCCUGUCAAGUAGAGACUUUGGCAACACAUUCAGUGCCUUGCAACAACAAAUGGCCGAUUUUAAUGUUUACAGAACCAAGGAGAAGCCUCCAAAGUUUAUCGAAAAAGGCAACCUAGAAGUGAAGAUGUUUGAACUUACAAGUGCACUAAGAACCAAUCGCCAGAAGAUGUAUUCUGCACCAGAGGGCCACUCAGUCAGUGAUGUAAAUGAAGCUUGGGCAGAGCUUGAAAAAGCUGAACAUGAGCGAGAGGUUGCUCUUAGAGAUGAGUUGAUCAGGCAGGAAAGACUGGAACAAAAAGUAGACAGAUUUUACAGAAAGGCAAGCUUAAGGGAAUCAUGGCUGAGCGGUUGCAUGGAGCUGCUUGAGCAAGCAAUGUUUGGCAAUGAUUUACCGGCCGUCAAGGCAUCAGUAAAGAAGCACGAGGCUAUCGAGUCAGAGAUCAAUGCAUACAAGGAGAGGGUGUUGGCCGUCUUGGGUCUCGCAGAGGAAAUAGAAAGAGAAAAGUUUCACGAAUAUGAGAAAGUAGAAGAGAAAAAAGUUCUGGUUAUGACUUUGUGGGAAAGACUUCUUGUAUUACUUGGGGCACGUAGCAGUAAAUUGCAGAAGCAUCAGCAACUGCAUAAGAUAUUCCAAGAGAUGAAGAAUAUUAUCGACUGGAUGGAAGAUGUCAAGGUUGGCCUAUUGUCAGAAGACUACGGAAAACAUUUCACUGGCGUUGAGGACCUCAUCCAGAAGCACAUGCUCGUAGAAGCAGACAUCCAGGCGCAAUCUGAGCGUGUGAAACAGGCCAUAGCAGCUGGUGACGACUUCCUGAACAUGCCUCCUGGAGAUGAUGGCUAUGAGCCAGAUGUCCAAGAAGUGAAGAAUCAUCAGAACGAACUACAAAGUUCUUAUGAUAAUUUAUGCAAGCUAGCAGAUGAAAGGAAGCAGCGCCUCGAGGAGUCUUUGCAGCUGCAUUCGUUUUACAGAGACACUGAGGAGGAAGAUAUGUGGCUCAGUGAAAGAGAGUACUUUGUAUCGUCCACUGAAUAUGGAAAAGACGUGCACACGACAAUGUUGCUGUUGAAAAAGCACGAGGCUUUGGAAGCUGAGUUAGCUGCCCGGAAACCUCGAACUGGUGUCCUUCUGAAACGAGGUGAAGAACUUCAGCAGCAAAUGCCUUAUGCGUCAAUGAAGAUCGAAGAAUGUACUGAAACAUUGACAUCGCGCUGGGAUUCUGUCGAAGAACGGGCUAAGCAAAGGAAAAAGAGGCUGCAAGAACUAUUGAAUUUACAUCAGUACUUUGCUGAUUGCAAUGAAGUCUGCGCGACUAUGGAUGAAUUUGAUGUGGCUGCAUCAAAUGAUGACUUAGGCCAAGACGAAGACUCUGUCGAGGAGCUUAUUAAGAAGCACAAGGCUCUUGUAGACGAGGUUGAAAACUUUGAGAAAGUUGUUGAUGGCCUUGAAGAACAGAGAAUGAACACCUUGCUGAUGAGGACAAACACACCCGAGGCUUUUGCAGAAAAAGAAAAGAUUGACGACCAGUAUGCUGCUUUGAAGCAGAAGGUUCAGGAAAGAAACAUCAAGCUGGCUGACACACUCGCUUUAUACAAUCUACAUAACCAGGCCGAUAUGGUCAGCACUUGGGUGCAACAGCAUCAAGUACAGCUUGAAACAUACCUGAAAGUAGAGAAAACAUAUGAUUUGGAACAGUGUCAAACAGUUGAGCAGCGUUUUGAAGGCUUUGAACAGGAACUUCGAGCUAACCAAGAAAGGCUGCAAACAGUCAAUCGUCUUGCUCUGGAAUUGUCAGAAAAGUCGAUCGUAAGCUCCGACGAUGUUGCAAAAAGAGUGCAGAGUUUGAAUAGCAGCUGGGACCAACUUAAUGGCCAGGCAGAGUUGAAAAAAGAAGAGCUUCGUACUGCAUUACAGAUCCAGACACUCUACAGUGAGAUCGUCGAAACACAGACCCUUAUUAUAGAGAAGACAGGAAUCUUGAAAACAGUAGAGGAGGUCGGUACUGAUUUGGCAUCCGUCAUUUCUCUGCAAAGAAAGCUUAACAGCAUUGAACGAGAUAUCGCUGCUCUGCAAAACAAGUUGCAAUACCUUCAAGAAAGUGCAGCGAAGAUAUCUGAAGAGAGGCCUGAGGACGCCGAAACAAUAGAUGGAAAGCUGACUGAUCUGAUGACCUGCUGGGGUGACUUAUCUACAAUGGUUAAACAGAGAAACGAAACACUUGCUGAGAGCGGUGAACUGAAGAGAUUCGUUAUGGACCUAGAUGAAUUUCAUAACUGGUUGCAGAAAACACAAGCUGCUUGUGCCUCUGAAGACAUUGCGCAAAGUCUGCAGGAAGCAGAGGCAUUACUUGAUGCCCAUUUCGAAGUAAAGGGCAUUAUCGACCAACAUCAAGACGAUUUCGACCGUCUUUGCGAAGAUGGACCAAAGUUCUCGCAAGAUGAGUCUGAUCUCCAGCAGCAAGCAUUAAAACAGCAACUUGAUGACAUCAUAGCUGGAUGGAGAGAGCUAGACUUGCUGUGGGUGCGGCGAAAGAACCUUUUGGAGCAAAGCAUGAAUUACCAGAUCUUCCUGCGGGAUGCAAAGCAAGCCGAGGCUCUACUGGCUUUCCAAGAACUCUUCAUAUCCAAACACGAAGUAGCGCCUGUUGUCGAUGUUGUGUUAGAUCAGAUAAAGAAACACGAGGAUUUUCUCAGCAAAAUGGAUCAACAUGACGACAAAGUGAACCAUGUUGUGAAUUUGGCGGACCAGUUAGUUGAGAAGGAUCACUAUGCAACAGACAAAAUAAAAGACAAAACAGGGAGCAUUAAGGAACGGCGAAGAGUUAAUCGUGAAAACAUUAUGAUAAAGCUGGAAAAACUCCGGGCAGAUUUGAAACUGAAGCAGUUCUUGCAAGACACCGAUGAUGUUACGCACUGGCUCAAUGAUCGCCUUAAAGUUGCCUCAGAAGAGCCGCAUCAAGAGUUGACUAACCUUAGAAGCAAACUGACAAAGCACCAAGCAUUCGAAAUGGAACUUCAAGCAAAUAAGCAGAAGAUUGAAUCUAUAAAUGAGGAUGGAAAGCAGCUGAUAGAAGAAAACACUGAAAAUUCCCCUGAAGUUGAAUCUAGACUUGAAACCAUUGAUAAUUUGUGGAGCGAACUGAAUACGGCAUCAGUGGCUAAGUCCGAAGCACUGACAGAAGCUCAUCGUAAAGAAGAGUUUAACACCGAGGUUUCCAAUGUUGAUACUUACAUCAAAGAAAUCGAGACGACCAUUGUAGAGACAGAGAAGGAAACUAACCUGACAUCGGUGAAGGCGCAGUUCACUAGACAUAAGAUACUUGAGAAGGAAAUUCGAGAGAAGAGACAACGGAUGUUGGAGCUUAGCCAGGCACCUGGCGAUGAAGUAGACGGCGAUAAGCUUGCAGAGGAAAGGCGAAUUGUGGAAGAGAGGUUCGAAGCACUAGAAGCACCUCUCGCAGAAAGAAGAAUUGAAUUAGAAGAGGCUUUCAAUUUCUAUCAGUUCCAGAGAGAUAUUCAGGAUGAACAUCUCUGGAUUGACGAAAAGGAGCCAGUUUUGCAAGCACAGAACUUCGGAUCCACGCUGCAUGAAGUAUUAGGCUUGAAGAAACGCCAUCAGAAUCUUUGUAUGGAAAUCGAGGGUCAUGAGCCAAUCAUCACAGCACUUUGUGUCAAUGGGGAGGAGAUGGCUAACGGCGAGCAUCCGCGUGGAGAGGAGAUCCAAGAGUUGAAGGAUGGUCUGGUGGAACAUCUGGACAAGCUCAAAGAUUUGUCCCAGAACUACCAAACAAAGCUCGAUGAAUCUCUGCUUGCUAGACAGUAUUUCCAUGACGCAGCCGAGGCGGAGUCAUGGAUGAGUGAGCAGGAGCUUUACAUGAUUGGAGAUGACCGGGGCAAAGAUGAGAAUGCAGCGCAGAGUUUGUUAAACAAGCACAUCAACCUGGAAAAGGCGGUCGAGGACUUCCAAGAAGAUAUUGAUGAUUUGAGGCGAAGAUCAGAGGAGCUUGUUGCUGCAGAACACCCUGAGAGCUCGUUGAUAGAGAGCACCCAGAGAGACCUCGAGAAAGAGUAUGCAGAGCUGAAGGAACUUGCAGAGGAUAGACAUUCGAAACUUGACGAAAACUUGAAGUUGUACCAAUUCAACCGUGAGGUGGAAGAUUUAGAGACAUGGAUAAACGAAAAGGAGGUCGUAGCUGGCGUGCAAGAUAUUGGUCAAGACUUUGAUCACGUGCAGAUGCUGGAACAAAGAUUCGACAGGUUUUCACAAGAGACGCAGAGAAUCGGCAUCGAACGAGUUGAAAGUGUCAAUGCCAUCGCAGACCAGUUGAUUGGCAGUGGGCAUUCGGAUGCUGCAACUAUUUCCGAAUGGAAGGUCGGUCUUAAUGACUCGUGGACAAACCUCCUCGAGUUGAUAGAAACAAGGAAGCAGUUGUUAGCUGGUGCGCACGAAUACCACAGAUUCUUUCAAGAAGCCAGGCAGACACUGUCUAUGAUCCAGGAGAAAGAGUCUCAACUUGGAGAGGAUCUUGGUCGUGACCAACAAAGUGUUUAUGCUUUGCAGCGAUAUCACCGCGCUUUUGAAGCCGAUUUGCAGCCACUAGGAAAUCAGGUUGCAGAAAUCCAGAACUUUGCUUCUGAACUAAAACCACAUUAUGCUGGCGAUCGAGAACAGGAGAUUGAAAACAAAGAAAGCCAGGUUCUAGAUGCAUGGUCGAAUCUACUUGCACGUGUUAGUGAAAGAGGAUCAAAGCUGGGAGAUUCAGAUGAGUUACAGCGAUUCCUUUUGCAAAUACAAGACUUGCUCAUUUGGAUCCGUGACAUGAGACAGGAGAUUGCUUCAGAUGAGAGGCCAAAGACCCUUAUUAUAGAGAAGACAGGAAUCUUGAAAACAGUAGAGGAGGUCGGUACUGAUUUGGCAUCCGUCAUUUCUCUGCAAAGAAAGCUUAACAGCAUUGAACGAGAUAUCGCUGCUCUGCAAAACAAGGAACGCUUUUAUUUAGCAAGAAUUGCAAUGGUUCCUAUCAUAUCCUAUGACUUUCCAUCUAACGGGUGUGAUUGUAUUUUCCAGGCAUCAGUGGCUAAGUCCGAAGCACUGACAGAAGCUCAUCGUAAAGAAGAGUUUAACACCGAGGUUUCCAAUGUUGAUACUUACAUCAAAGAAAUCGAGACGACCAUUGUAGAGACAGAGAAGGAAACUAACCUGACAUCGGUGAAGGCGCAGUUCACUAGACAUAAGAUACUUGAGAAGGAAAUUCGAGAGAAGAGACAACGGAUGUUGGAGCUUAGCCAGGCACCUGGCGAUGAAGUAGACGGCGAUAAGCUUGCAGAGGAAAGGCGAAUUGUGGAAGAGAGGUUCGAAGCACUAGAAGCACCUCUCGCAGAAAGAAGAAUUGAAUUAGAAGAGGCUUUCAAUUUCUAUCAGUUCCAGAGAGAUAUUCAGGAUGAACAUCUCUGGAUUGACGAAAAGGAGCCAGUUUUGCAAGCACAGAACUUCGGAUCCACGCUGCAUGAAGUAUUAGGCUUGAAGAAACGCCAUCAGAAUCUUUGUAUGGAAAUCGAGGGUCAUGAGCCAAUCAUCACAGCACUUUGUGUCAAUGGGGAGGAGAUGGCUAACGGCGAGCAUCCGCGUGGAGAGGAGAUCCAAGAGUUGAAGGAUGGUCUGGUGGAACAUCUGGACAAGCUCAAAGAUUUGUCCCAGAACUACCAAACAAAGCUCGAUGAAUCUCUGCUUGCUAGACAGUAUUUCCAUGACGCAGCCGAGGCGGAGUCAUGGAUGAGUGAGCAGGAGCUUUACAUGAUUGGAGAUGACCGGGGCAAAGAUGAGAAUGCAGCGCAGAGUUUGUUAAACAAGCACAUCAACCUGGAAAAGGCGGUCGAGGACUUCCAAGAAGAUAUUGAUGAUUUGAGGCGAAGAUCAGAGGAGCUUGUUGCUGCAGAACACCCUGAGAGCUCGUUGAUAGAGAGCACCCAGAGAGACCUCGAGAAAGAGUAUGCAGAGCUGAAGGAACUUGCAGAGGAUAGACAUUCGAAACUUGACGAAAACUUGAAGUUGUACCAAUUCAACCGUGAGGUGGAAGAUUUAGAGACAUGGAUAAACGAAAAGGAGGUCGUAGCUGGCGUGCAAGAUAUUGGUCAAGACUUUGAUCACGUGCAGAUGCUGGAACAAAGAUUCGACAGGUUUUCACAAGAGACGCAGAGAAUCGGCAUCGAACGAGUUGAAAGUGUCAAUGCCAUCGCAGACCAGUUGAUUGGCAGUGGGCAUUCGGAUGCUGCAACUAUUUCCGAAUGGAAGGUCGGUCUUAAUGACUCGUGGACAAACCUCCUCGAGUUGAUAGAAACAAGGAAGCAGUUGUUAGCUGGUGCGCACGAAUACCACAGAUUCUUUCAAGAAGCCAGGCAGACACUGUCUAUGAUCCAGGAGAAAGAGUCUCAACUUGGAGAGGAUCUUGGUCGUGACCAACAAAGUGUUUAUGCUUUGCAGCGAUAUCACCGCGCUUUUGAAGCCGAUUUGCAGCCACUAGGAAAUCAGGUUGCAGAAAUCCAGAACUUUGCUUCUGAACUAAAACCACAUUAUGCUGGCGAUCGAGAACAGGAGAUUGAAAACAAAGAAAGCCAGGUUCUAGAUGCAUGGUCGAAUCUACUUGCACGUGUUAGUGAAAGAGGAUCAAAGCUGGGAGAUUCAGAUGAGUUACAGCGAUUCCUUUUGCAAAUACAAGACUUGCUCAUUUGGAUCCGUGACAUGAGACAGGAGAUUGCUUCAGAUGAGAGGCCAAAGGUCAUUCCGGAAUGCCAGGCAAUCAUGAAUGAGCAUCAAGGCCGGAAAGCAGAAAUUGAUGCAAGAGAAGAAAAGAUUGCCUUUGUUCUUGCUACCGGUGAAAAGAUGAUUGAAAUGCAACAUUUUGCAUCAAACGAGAUCCAAAGUAAGAUAAACGAAUUGCGCGAAAAGAAAAGCCUUAUGGAAAGUGACUGGGCUGAACAUUGGGAUAUACUCAAUAUUACUCUGGAAGUCAUGCAUUUUGUGCGCGAUGCUCAUUUGGCAGAAGAAUGGAUAUUCAAGGAGGACUUGAACGUAGGUGGAAAAGACCAAGGGGAUUCAUUAGAAAUUAUCGAGAAGCUCUUAGAGAAACAGUCGGCAUUUGAGAAGUUACUUGCAACCCAGGAAGAGAGAUUCCUUCAGUUGGAGAAUCUUACAACAUUUGAGCUGCGACAAUUGCGUAGACGGCAACUUGAGCAGGCGAAACGCGAAAAGGAGGAGCAGGAAAGACUUGAAAGACAGAGGCAGGAACAGGAGAAAAUUGAAGCAGAAAGGGAGCUUCAGAGGAUGCUUGAAGAGCAGCAAAGACAGGCAGCCGAGGAAGAGGAAAGGGCAAGGAGCAUGGUCAAUGGAGAGUUGUCCAAUGAGCUUGAUGUCAGCGCAGAGGCUGCUAGUGCCGUGGAGGAGCUAAUGAAGGAAGCAGACGUGACGUUUAAUGAAUCUGAGGUGAGUGUAACCGAUGGAGAACAAUGGCGAGCUCCUGUUGAGAAAACAGUCAUAGGCACGAGUGACAUCAAAAUGACUGGCUAUCUUGCUCGUAAGCACACCAUGGAAGGAAGUCACAAGAAAGCGUCCCAAAGAACGUGGAAGCAGUAUUUCGUAUCGCUCCGUGACAACGAGCUGAAAUUCCAUCGUGAAGAGAAUGACUUCAAAAAUGGCAUUGAACCGGUACAAGUUUUCGAUACAAUUGACAGUCGAUGUGAAGUUGCAUCGGAUUACCACAAAAAGAAAAAUGUUUUCAGGAUUAAAUUUGCCAGUGGACAGGAAUACCUCUUGCAAGCCAAAGCUGCAGACGAGCUGUCACUGUGGAUACAGCACAUCAGAGGAAGUGCCAUUAAAAGCGGCCACCUUCCGGAAGACCUGUCUCCCAAGAAGGACAAAAGAGGCAGCAAAUUAUUUUCGUUAAAGAAAAAGUAAGCUUACCAUAAAGGCAAACAGCUUCACACUUACUUUUGGUUUACGUUGAAAAGAACCAUAAUUGCAACAGCAGUAACUUUGAAGGACCUUUACAGCAAGAAAUCUUAUAUAAAGAGGACCCCGUGCUGGUGCUCCAAACUCCUCUUCCCCCCCCCCCCUUUAUAGACAGAAGCCAACGCUGGUUUUCCUUACAAUUAUUCAAGACUGUAGAAUGUCCCUGCAGUCAGUUCCGUGCACGAUCAAUCAUUACCAUGGAUCAUCAUGAUUUUAGCCAAAAAUCAUCAGUCAUCAUCAAUCAUCGUUUUCUGUCUCGUCAAUAUACAACGCUGAUACUAGAAGAUCUCUGCAAUUCAUGAACCAUUCCUUCAGGGCAAUAAGAAUGCCUACGCUACUGAUGCAGUGUCCUAUUGACCAAAAUGUAGGAUGACUUCGUCUUUGCCUCCCACUACCCCUUGGCAGACAUUGAUACUUAAGAUCUAGAUCCCCACAAUCACUAUUUUAGUUCCUUUUACAAGAAGCCCACUAUUGCCAGCACAAGCACAAAUCAUGCAAGUUUUCGUUUACUUAUAUAAGUUGUGAGGCAACCUGAAAUAUCGCCAGUUAAUUUGGCUCGUACGCUUUUUAAUUACCUGGCUGGGAUAAACAUGCAAGUUGUAUAUAUAAUUUUUUAUUUAGAAGUGUUUCCGUAUUAGGUUUUAUUUGUCCCGUCUUUGCAUCAGUCAUAUAUCGGAUUUCGCACUAUAUUCUUAUCAUUUUAGUUAUAAUAUUAAGAACCUCGGUAUUCAGCAAAGUAGAGAAGAAGGACUUUCAGAGUUUAGAUACGUAUCGACUUAGAGUAAAAGAUAUUUUAAACUAAUUGUUUUCUUGAGCUAUAUAUUUUUUGGUUUUGGUAAUCGCUGUAAGAUUUCAUUUCUUUUUUAGCUUAGCUACGAUAAUACUUUGUUUGCAGUUUGAUUCGUAACUUUUCCAGAAAAUUUCCCAGAUUUGUCUGUAUAUGUGAUCAAAUGCACGUGGGGCAUGCUCUCUUUUAAAAUGUUAAGAGACUCUACCAGCGAUUUCCCCCGCCCCAAACUCUUUUUUAUUAAUCAAAUUGUAAUCUAAGUUGUUCCCAGCUUGAGAAACCAAUUCACUUGCCUUUUAUGAGAAUUUCACUCUUAGCAACAACACAAACCAUUUUGUUAAUUUUAUAUUGUUUUUGCUACAAAUUUCACAAGAAUUAUUUAAGAACUUAUGAACCUAUACGCUUUUGACCAGUCAUGUUAAGACGAUAUAUCUUAUUCCGCUGCUAAUUAUAGUAUCUUUAAGGUAAAAUCUACAAUUCCACACAGGCGCUUACCCCCUUUGAACAUUAGUUCGUUGUGGCCUAUUUAAGAAGUAGUUGUGUUAAUUGAUUCUCGACUUUCUACCCUUUCAAUGUUGCGCUUGUAGUCAAUCGAUGUUAGCUUUGUAUGCUUUAUGCUGAAAGGCUGAAUGAUUUCAGCGAACGAACUCAGAUGUUAAUUCAUUAAAGUUACCGUUGUAACAUGACAUUGUUAGUAUAUUUUAAUAAGUGCUAGUAGGAUAUGUAUUAGAAGUAUUCAAAAUAGUAAUAGUACCGUGA